UUUGACAGUUAAUAGCGCCAUCUGUUAUUAAUUAUAGAAAUAAUAUACAACAACAAUUUAUAGUUUAGAAUAAAAAUAUUUAAAUAAUUCUUGAUUUAAAUCAUUUAAGAAGGUUUAAAUCAGGAUUAUUUGAGUAAGAAUGGUGUUGGGAGUGAUUUUGAAGGUUCAAAAUAUGGUUAUUUAAUCAAAAAAAUGAUUCGAACUGUUCCAAUAAGAUUUCCUUCAGUAAAAGGUUACGAAAACCGCGUUAAUGACAUCAUUUAUUGCCCGCCGAUUCGAAAUGGAUUAAAUUCGGUUGUGAUUUUUUUUGGUGGUGACAUGCAGGACUUGUAUGAAAAUAUGGAAUCCCACCGAGAUGCUAAAAACUACUUAAAAUACAACCUCGAAGACUGUACGCUCCGAUUAAGAAACAAAUUCCCCGAUUCUCACCUAAUAAACGUCCGGCCAUCUAAAAUUAUCUUAAAAACGUUUAGUUGUUACUCAAAUUUUGUUCCUACAGGAGAUUACGGAUCUCCCGAACACGUUUCAAUGAAUUUCGCAUUAAAACAUUUGCAAAAAUUGCUUCAAAACAUCUCCGAACGGUUAAAUCAUAUGAAGCGUGAGGAAUUUAUUGAAAUUACACAGAAAUAUCGAUCGGAUUUAUUAAAAGACACGGAAGAGAGAGAGCGAAUUUUGUUAAAUUAUGAUCAAAAUCUAUUCGGAAAGAAUUUACAAUUUGAAAAUUUCGAUUUAAAAGCUAUCGGAUUUAGUAAAGGUUGUGUCGUUUUAAAUCAAUUUUUGUAUGAAUUUCAUUAUUUAAAAACCGAAAAUAAUGAUUUAAAUCUAAACGAAUUUGUGCAUCGGUUUAAAGAUUUAUAUUGGUUAGAUGGUGGACAUUCCGGUGGAAAAAAUAUUUGGAUUACUUCAAAACCAAUUUUAGACACCCUUUCCAAUUUAGAAUUAAAUGUUCACGUCCAUGUAUCACCAUAUCAAAUCGAAGAUGAUCGUAGACCUUGGAUUCGAAAAGAAGAAAAAGCUUUCAGUGAUUCAUUAAAACGUUUAAACGCCUCAAUUUUCAGGCGGGUUCAUUUCGAGAAUGUUCAACCGAGCUUAUUUACCCAUUUUGAAGUAUUAAAUGCCUUUAAAGAAGACGAGGACCUAAAUUGAUACAAAAAAUAUUAUGUAAUUGAUUAUAACAAAACAUUGUUUUCUUUGGCUUCAUUUUAAUGCUUCGCUGAAACUGAAAAUGGUUAUGAAACGUGGAAUAAUAAUAAAAAAUGAGAUAAAAAAAGA